GAGCGCUGCCUGGAGCCGCGGCGCCGGCGGGUUGAGCGGGGCGAUCCCAGCCCGGGGAAGCGGGCAGGGCGGGGCGCGCGGCGCGGGAGCGAGCCUGGCGCCCACCGUAGAGACUGUCGCGAGGUGCCGAGGUUCCUACCAAGGUUAUCCAGAGGAUCCACUGACUAAAGUGAUGGAGAGUGGCCCGGCCGUCUGCUGCCAGGACCCUCGGGCAGAGCUGGUAGAUCGGGUGGCAGCCAUCAAUGUGACCCACUUGGAAGAGGCAGAUGAGGGCCCAGAGCCUGCCAGGAAUGGUGUGGACCCUCCACCCCGGGCCAGAGCUGCCUCUGUGAUCCCUGGCAGUGCUUCAAGACCCACCCCAGUGCGGCCCAGCCUCUCAGCUAGAAAGUUCUCCCUGCAGGAACGGCCAGCCGGAAGCUGUCUGGAGGCCCAGGUUGGGCCUUACUCUACGGGCCCUGCCACUCACAUCUCUCCUCGGGCCUGGCGGAGACCCACCAUCGAGUCCCACCAUGUGGCCAUCUCAGACACGGAGGAUUGUGUAAAACUGAACCAGUACAAGCUGCAGAGCGAGAUUGGCAAGGGUGCCUACGGUGUGGUGAGGCUGGCCUACAACGAAAGUGAAGACAGACACUAUGCAAUGAAAGUUCUUUCCAAAAAGAAGUUACUGAAGCAGUAUGGCUUUCCCCGCCGUCCUCCUCCCAGAGGGUCUCAAGCUGCCCAGGGAGGGCCAGCCAAACAGCUGCUGCCCCUGGAGCGUGUGUACCAGGAGAUUGCCAUCCUAAAGAAGCUGGACCAUGUGAACGUAGUGAAACUGAUCGAGGUCCUGGAUGACCCUGCUGAGGACAAUCUCUAUUUGGUGUUUGACCUCCUGAGAAAGGGGCCGGUCAUGGAAGUGCCCUGCGACAAGCCCUUUCCUGAGGAGCAAGCUCGUCUUUACUUGAGGGACAUCAUCCUGGGCCUCGAGUACUUGCACUGCCAGAAGAUCGUCCACAGGGACAUCAAGCCAUCCAAUCUACUCCUUGGGGACGAUGGCCAUGUGAAGAUCGCCGACUUUGGGGUCAGCAACCAGUUCGAGGGGAAUGAUGCUCAGUUGUCUAGCACGGCAGGGACCCCGGCAUUCAUGGCCCCUGAGGCCAUUUCUGAUUCUGGCCAGAGCUUCAGUGGGAAGGCCUUGGAUGUAUGGGCCACUGGGGUCACCUUGUAUUGCUUUAUCUAUGGGAAGUGCCCAUUCAUUGACGAGUACAUCCUGGCCCUUCACAGGAAGAUCAAGAAUGAGGCCGUGGUGUUCCCUGAGGAGCCAGAGGUCAGUGAGGAGCUCAAGGACCUGAUCCUGAAGAUGCUAGACAAGAACCCUGAAACAAGAAUUGGGGUGUCAGAUAUCAAGUUACACCCUUGGGUGACUAAGCAUGGACAGGAGCCUCUCCCUUCAGAGGAGGAGCACUGUAGUGUGGUGGAGGUGACUGAGGAGGAGGUGAAGAACUCAGUCAAGCUCAUCCCCAGCUGGACCACUGUGAUCCUGGUCAAAUCCAUGCUGAGAAAGCGUUCCUUUGGGAACCCAUUUGAGCCCCAAGCACGCAGGGAAGAAAGAUCCAUGUCUGCACCUGGAAACUUACUGAUGAAAGAAGGGUGUGGAGAAGGGGGCAAAAGCCCGGAGCUUCCCGGAGUCCAGGAAGAUGAGGCUGCAUCCUGAGUCCCUGCAUGUGCCCAGGGCCAUCGGCAGCAUGCUCAUUCCUUGCCUCCAGAGGCCCACCGCCCUCAUGCAAUAGUCGCCCGUGCGGGCAGGGGGCUGGGGACUGCGGCCUCUCCCCCGGCCCUCCUCCCCCAUUGUGCUGCAUGACCUGCGCACAGGCACAUCCAUGGACAAGUUUGGAAUGUGUAUCAUUUGGGGCUUGGGGUUCCUGGUUCUCUCUGUUCUGAUCCAUCUUGUGGGGAAGCCUGGGGCCCACAGACUAUUAGAAACCGUACCUGACUGGCUGGUGAGGCCCAGGGCAGAAGGGCAAGAGACCAAAAUGGCAGAUGGAAGCCUGGUGGGCUCCAUCUCAGAGAACUCCCGUAGGGCUCGGUGGGCCUUCCCAGCUGCCACACCACAAGGAAGGAUGAUUACCUCACCUGUGUGUGGAAGGUGCUGAGCGCUAGGCUACUCAGAUCUCUGGCGUGGAUGCUACAAAUAAUGAUGUGUGCCCGGGAGAGGACUGGUGUUGGAGAACUCAGAUUCCUCUUUUGUUGUCUUUUACCUGAAGGCUGGGGUGGGAGCAGCUGUUGUGGGGAACACCUUCCUCCAGCUUUGGGUAGUUCCUGGCACAUUGUUUGGCAGUCCCGUGGACCUGACAUUCAUGGACUGUGUUUUAUACUCGGCACUAGCCGGAAAAAGGGCUGAACUGAAUCCAGCUCAGAGCAUAGGCCUGAGCCAGGAGCAGCGCACCUUCCCUGCCUACCUCCCUUCUUCCCAUAUGGAUCUCCAGAGCCAAGGUUGCAGAAGAGACACCGAGAGUGACACUGAGGGCUAUGAACACUCGGAACUGUGGCCCUGCAGAUGUGGAAGUAACUGGGAUCCGGUCACUGACCCUACACUGGCUUACCCAUCUCAUGCCUAGGAUAAAGAAUGAACUGCCUAGGUGGGAGACUCAGACAGAUGAGGGACCUCACAGGAUGCAUACCCUGCAGGCAGGUGGCCCUUCUGCCAGUUGCUUCAGCACAGGACAUCAGUCAGCCCUGCUGCACACUUGGGGCACACAUGUGGACAAUGCCUUCUGGAGCGAGCGUCAGCUCUCUGGAUUCUGUGGUCGUCUGGCUGGUCUAAUGUUUACUGACAAUGCUCAUAGAGAUUGGUCCCCAAAGGGAGAUGACCAGGACUCAGGUACACCCCCCUGCCCCCGCAAAAACAUCCCACAAGAUCUUAGCUGCCCACAUGGGUUUCAGAAUGCAGGAGGGCUAGACUAGAAAAGAGGGAGGUUUGGUGGGAGCACUGAGUUCCAAUGCAUCUCUGUGCCAAUGGGUGUACAUUGCGCCUCCAUGUGCACUUGUUUGUGCGUGCCCAUCUGCUGUACACAGCACACUUGCAUGUCUCGUCCUGGCACAUGCAUCUGUAAUAUAGUUUCUACAUCUACGUAAGCCUAGGAGCAGAGGGUAGCCCACUGUCGGUGGGCUCCCAUUUCAACCCAGCUCCUCUGCACUAAGGCAGCCAGUGUAACCCAGGUCUUAAAAACAAAUCAUCUAAAUCUAUCUCUAAGAAUACUUUUAUAGAGUGAAUGAGAGCCGGCAGCCGUUAAAUAGCAAGGAGUCAGGGAGCUUUGUGAACGGGACCCACUUGGGAAAAGCUUGGAGUUGGGUGGCUGGCCUCGCUGUCCCCAGCAGAGCCAGAAAGGAAUGCUCACUGUCAUCUGUUGCUGAGAGUUUUGUUUGGCAUUGGUUCUGAAUGUAGCACAAGUGAACAAACUCCAUAAGAGUGUUUUAAAAAUCAACUUCUUAGGAAGUGAAUUAAAAACAAUAAAAAACCCAUUGUUAAGUUUAAAAAAAAAAAGAAAAGAAAAGAAAGAAAGGCUUUGUAAAUCUUCUGUGUCCAGAUGUGUGUUUCUCUUGUCCCAGCUGACUUGGCUUGAUCUUCUGGAAGGCUCUGAGGCACUGUAGGCCGCUGAGCGGCAUGGCAGGGUAGGGAGAGGUAGGGAGAGGAGAGGUGGGAGGAAGAAGGAGGUGGAGGAAAGGUGGGCUCACGAGGCCAAGGAGUUCCUGCCCUCCGUGCAGCUUAAGCCCCAGGGCCCCUACUUGGAAAGAAUUGGGUGCUUGAGAACCAGUGGGGUGGCCAUAGGAUACACUUCCUGUCUCGUAGGGGUACAGGAAGGCUAAGCUGGGAAGCCGGCCUGCCCAGUGUCUUACCCAUGCCUUAUCAGACUCAGCACCAGUACUCUAGCCAUAGGGUCCUCCAGGGUAGUGAUGUCAAGUGUCAUUCUUGAGGUCAGACAGCCCUGAGCUUGAACACAAAUUUGGCUACCUAACUGUCUAAGGGUUUCUGUUGUGAAGAGACACCAUGACCAUAACAACUCAUAAAGGAAAACAUUUAAUUGAGGUGGCAGCUUAUAGUUUCAGAGGUUUAGUCCAUUAUCAUCAUGGUGUGGGGAGCAUGGCAGCAUGUGGGCAGACAUGGUGCUGGAGAAGGAGCUGCUGCAUGUUGAUAUGCAGGUAACAGGAAGUAGACUGAGUAUCACACUGAGUGAAGCUUGAGCAAAAGAGACCUCAAAGCCCGCCCCCAUAGUGACACACUUCCUCCAACAAGGCCACACCCACUUCAACAAGGCCACAUCUCCUAAUAGUGCCACUCCCUUUGGGGGCCAUUUUUUUUUUCAAACUACCACACUAUCUAAUAACCCUGACACCUUUGGCAGGUCGUUAAAGGAGCUUUUGUUUCUUUAUUGGUAUAGUGAAAAUAGUAUCAGCACUUUUAUGGAGUUUUUGUGACAGUGAAUUCAGUCCUUGUUUCAAAAGCCUAGCUGGUAAUAAAUACUCGGUACAUAAGCCCUUAUGGGGAAA